GGACUGGGCUUAAUGGCCUCUCAGGGUGCCUUCCAGUUCUGGGAGCGCAGGAUUGUCUCUGUCUCUCACAGGUCCAUGGUGCCGUGAUGAACAUAAACCGCGGGAACCUGGCUGGGCAUGAGGUGCUGAUGGAUUCAUGGCCCGAAUUCAAAGCUGUCCUUAUCCGGCCACACAGAGAGGUGGCAUCGGACGACUCUGAUUUCUACACCAACACGUAUGCAGUGCACUACCGGGACCUGGGCGCCUGCCGGGCCCUGCUGGGCAGCGCCAUCAACUGGGACCAGGCCUUCUGCAUCCACGGCUGGAUCCGGCUGUGAAGCUCUCAUCCCUGGAUGUCUCCCAUGUCGACCUGCUGAAUGAGACGUGGCGCUUUGGGGGGAACGAGAGGAGCAGGAAAUACGUGGUGAACGUCAUCCGCCACUUACCCAGUGCCUGCCUCCUGGAUGCCACCGGCCGCCCUGUCAGUUGGAUGGCUUCAGAUGAAUUUGGUGCCCUGAGGCAUGCCUACACUCUGCCCCAGCACCGGGGGCGCGGCUACAACACGGUGCUGAGUAACGUGAUGGCCAAGCGGCUCCAUUCACUAGGCUACCCCAGCUGUGGCUUUGUGGCCGUG